CUCUCUCUCGCUCUCUCUCACACACACACACACGCGCUCACUCACAGCGCGCGCGCAACUUCACCGGAGUCUCGCGGGGCUGCGUGGUGCCGGGCUGCGCGCGCGGACAGACGAGACGAAACCAAGGACCAAAGGAGAGACAGCGUGCGCGCGAGCGCAUCCGAGGAUCCAGACUUAACCACAGAGUUGUUGUUUUUGUUUUUUCCACUUAAAGACUGAUCUGUCCAGCACCGAGACGCGCGCGCUCCUCCGACUGGAUACCCGUGUACGGAUUAAUCUCUGAAACAGGGAUCUGCCUCAGACUGAACAUACUGAUCUUAAUAAUAAUAAUAAUAAUAAUAAUAAUAAUAACAACAACAACAGUAAUAACAACAAUAAGUGUGCGAGCUUCACAACCCCUCCUUCCUGUGGAUUGUUGUCAUUAUUAUUAGUGUUAUUAUUACUUUUAUUAUAAGUUCCAACAUGACUUCGGGCUGUUUGCUCAGGUCUCUGCUGAUGCUCUUUCUGGCGCUUCUCUCCGCCAACGCCAGCAACUGGCUCUAUCUGGCCAAGCUGUCGUCCGUGGGGAGCAUCUCUGACGAGGAGACCUGUGAAAAGCUGCGAGGUCUCAUCCAAAGGCAGGUGCAGAUCUGCAAACGCAACGUGGAGGUGAUGGACGCCGUACGUCGGGGGGCUCAGCUUGCCAUCGACGAGUGCCAGUACCAGUUUCGUAACCGGCGGUGGAACUGCUCUACUUUAGACUCCAUGCCUGUCUUCGGCAAGGUGGUCACCCAAGGCACGAGGGAGGCAGCGUUUGUCUACGCCAUUUCUGCUGCAAGCGUUGCGUAUGCGGUGACGAGGGCAUGCAGCAGCGGGGAGCUUGAGAAGUGCGGCUGCGACCGCAACGUGCACGGCGUGAGCCCUCAGGGGUUCCAGUGGUCAGGGUGCUCAGACAACAUCGCCUACGGAGUCGCAUUCUCCCAGUCCUUUGUGGACGUUAGAGAAAGAAGCAAAGGCCAGUCGUCUAACCGAGCUCUAAUGAAUCUCCAUAAUAAUGAGGCAGGGAGGAAGGCGAUUCUGAACCACAUGCGAGUGGACUGCAAGUGCCAUGGCGUUUCUGGCUCAUGCGAGGUAAAGACCUGCUGGAAAGCCAUGCCCCCUUUCCGCAAAGUUGGCAACAUCAUUAAGGAGAAAUUUGAUGGUGCCACCGAGGUCGAGCAGCGCAAGGUAGGCACCACCCGAGUUCUGGUCCCGCGCAACUCGCAGUUCAAGCCGCACACAGACGAGGACCUGGUCUACUUGGACUCGAGUCCCGAUUUCUGUGAGCACGACCCGAGGACACCGGGAAUGCUGGGGACAGUGGGACGGUACUGCAACAAGACCUCGAAAGCCAUCGACGGCUGCGAGCUCAUGUGCUGCGGGCGCGGCUUCCACACGCAAGAGGUGGAGGUGGUAGACAGGUGCAGCUGCAAGUUCCACUGGUGCUGCUACGUCAAGUGCAAACAGUGCCGCAAGAUGGUGGAGAUGCACACGUGUCGGUGAUACUCUCCUUCAAACCCUCACUUUCUCUCCACUGAACUUAACGAGGGGGGGAAAAAAAACUCCCUCUUUCCUUCUUUGACUCCAAAUAGAAUAAAAGAAAAGAAAAAAGGGGAAAAUGGAGAUAUCCACCGAUUCAUCCGAGUAUAAAAGAACAUGUCAUACAUGGGACACACUUUUAGGGGCAAAUAGAGUUCUUGUUGUUUUUAUUAUUUUAAGUCCCACUUGAGAGUAUUUUUCUCUCCAUUUUUUGUGGUUACUUUCUUAUUUUUGUAUUGUUUUCUAACUUAUUGGAAUCAGAGUGAUUUUUUUUUCCUUUUUCUUUUUUUUUUGUAAUGUGACGAGCUCCAGUGGGAGUGGUCUUUUUGAUUGGAGGAGGGUUAGAUGGACAAAUGAACUUUGGUGUGGUUGAAGGAGACGAGGAGACUUUUCCCCUCCUACUAUUGAUGCUGCUUUAGGAUCUUAUCUGGAGUCACGGACAUCAAGGGAAUUUCUAACAGACUGAGAUGCAGUCCAGGUGUACAUCUAUAUUAUUAUUAUUAUUUUUUUCAUUCGUCAACAGCAUUUAAGAUAGAGGUGGCCAUUUUAUGCUGCUUUUAAAAAAAAAUCACUCAAGUAAAUGUACAGAGUCUGUGUUUUAUAUAAAUUUAUAUAAUUAUAGUAUUAAUUUUGAAAGAGUUUCUUGUUUUUCAUAGGGAAGAAAUCCAAGAAAAGCUUUGUGUUAUUUCCAUAGGGUGUUGUCAGAAGGCAGGAUUUAUUAUUAUUAUUAUUAUUAUUUUAUUUUUAUUUUAUUUUUUUCAAAGUUGUGUAUUAGAUCAAUCUGUUAGUUAGCGUUAUUGGCAUGGAUAUGUAUUGCGACCAUUGAAACCUAGUGACCUGUGCACGGUGACUCGAGCACUUUUCAUCUCCUGAUGCACAUACCGCAAAGAUAAAAAUCUCAGAGCAUUCCCUCUUCCACUAAACGUGAAGCAGAGUGACUGAACUAUUUAUGACCUUGUAAAAAAAAAAAAAAAGAAAGAAAGUAAAAACAACAUAAUUCCACAUUUUUCUAUAGUACAACCUUGCUAUACAGCACGCUUCUAAGGAACCAUAGCUCUGUAAAAGACUUUAUACACUGAAGAGGACUAUACGCAUAUGAAUGUACGUUGAAAUUAAAUAUAUGCCUUUUGAAAGACGAGAGAA